AUGGGUCGUGGGAUUGAAAGUGUAUUCAUCCCUGUUGUUGACAUGAACAAGAUUAAGUUUCCUGGAGAAAUGGAGAAGAUGAUGGGCGCAUGCAUGGAAUGGGGUUGUUUUCGCCUCAUUAACCAUGGCAUUCCUGCGCCGUUGAUGAGGGAAAUGAAGGCUGUUUCAAGGUCGUUUCUCGACCUCCCCAUGGAUGUAAAGGAGAGAAACUUUAACCCUAUUGGUCGUCGAGGAUACACUGCCCCCCACCAGGUCACGCCGGUUUUCGAGGCUUUGGCUUGCCAUGACAUGGCUGCACCCGGUGCUCUUCAGGAUUUCUUUGAUCAACUUGCUGCCUCUCCUCGCCAAAGGGAAGUAAUGUCAGAGUAUUCAGAAGCUAUACACGAUGUUUCUAACAUGGUGGCGCGAAAAUUGGCUCAAGGAUUGGGACUCAAAGAAAAUGAUAUAUUCAGUGAGUGGCCUUGUUUGUUGAAAAUGAACAAAUAUAACUACACUCGAGAAUAUAUAGGGUCCACGGGAGUUUACCUACACACGGAUCCUGGUUUCAUAACCGUCCUUCAAGACGAUGAAUUAGUAGGUGGGCUCGAGGUCGUUCAUAGGGAAACCGGCCAGUAUGUUUACGUUGAUCCUCUUCCGGAUUCUCUAAUCAUAAACCUUGGAGACCUUGCAGCGAUAUGGAGCAAUGGGAGGCUAUGGAAUGCGAGGCAUAGGGUUCAAUGUUAUGAGGGAAAAGUUAGAAUAUCGAUUGUUUUGUUUAUGUUCGGAGCAAAGGAAGGGGAGGUGUCCGCACCCGAAGAAUUUGUAGACUCGGAACAUCCACGCUUGUACAAACCGAUCAAUGCUGAUGAAUAUUGGUCGCUUCGUAUUGCUAACCGCUCUUCAACCGGAGCUGUUGAUCUCCUCCGCCUCGAUAACUAA